GACAGUGGACGUUCGGGCGCAGAUGCGCCAUGUAACAUGAGAAGAUGGCUUUUCCCUACGCAACGUUGUGUGUCCAGGGAAUCAAGGAUGGCGUGACGAGUGAGGCUCUCCAAGCGCAGUUUGAACACUACGGAAGAGUCCGGAAUGUGAACAUCACUCAGAACAAGAAUAUGAAAGGGGCGCCUGACACGCGCAUCGCCAUCGUGGAGUUUGCCCGUCGGGACGAUGCCCGAAAGGCAAUGCAGGCCAUGCUGAGAUGAGCAGCGCAGUGGCCGUAGGUGGAGGUCGCGGCAGCUGUGCAGUGUCCCAAACUUUUCACAACAUGUUGGUAUCAAGAAAUCACCUUGUUCAUACAGAAGCUAGUCACUAUAGAGCCUAUAGUGGGUGUAUGACAUAUACAACUGAAUUUUGUCUUAACAAUCUUUAUUUCGACCUGGACACUAUGGUCCCUGUGUACUCUUGAAUCUUCCUAGAAUUUUGCGCUCCCAAUGGGGCAGCCGCGGGUAUGAAAGAAAAAAUGGAAUCAGAAUCGUUCGUUUUGGAUGUUGUGUCCAGAACGUAGAACGUUCAGCGCGCGCAACAGGGGCUCAAUGGUCGCAACGUG